UGGAUGUGUGAAUGUUGAAUGAUGACGUAGAGAGAAAUGAUUGCCUGUGCUGAGUGUAUGUAUUUAUGUAUGUAGGUAGGUUUGUAGGGUGAAUUUGUUAAUCUGUCCAAUUUUUAAUAAUUUUUAAAAUAUAUUUUUAUAAAUAAAAUAAUUUAUUUGGAUGGUUCAAGUGUCUGGCCUUUUUGUGGUUACUAAAUAAAAAUCAUGUCUGAGUACGAGAAGGCCUCUCUGGUACAAAAUGAACACAACACACUGACGUGCGACAAAACUUUGGCGGCUUCAGGGGCGAACCAGACGGGAAGGAAGAAGACAAAUGAAACAGGAAGAUCAAAAAAUGUUGGAGGAGAGGGGAGAGAUGGAGGAAUUGUGAGUGUGGACGUUAAGGACAGGGAUGAAUUGUUUGCUCAACAUGAGCUACAAGAGAAUGGCGAUGGCGGCGACUUCAAUCGCUUCGGUUCGAUUUUCAAUCGGGCAUGGUGGUCGAGCAACUUUUUCGUAUCCGAGCAAGCUCAGUUCGGAACCUGGGACGGAGUUUACACGACCUGCAUGAUCAACAUACUGGGGGUUCUUCUCUUUUUGAGGAUCGGAUGGAUGGUGGGUAACGCGGGCACCAUCUUCUCCCUCCUCAUCAUCUUCCUCAGCAGCUUCGUGGCAUUCAUCGCAGUGACGAGUGCCGUUGGCAUCUACGAGAGAACCUUCCCGGAAAGGGGCGGGGUUUAUUCCCUACUGAAUCACGUGAUCGGGGCCAGAGUCGGUGCCUCAAUCGGCCUACUCUUUUGUUUCGGACAGUCUGUGGCCUGUGCACUGUACGUAGUUGGUUUCGGCGAGUCCGUGUCCAACUUAUUACAUGUCGAAGACCAGUGGGUUGUCAGAUCAGUGGGAAUGUUGCUUCUCUUUGUCUUAUGGGCCAUCCAGACAGCUGGGGUCAAGUGGGUCAUCCGACUGCAGCUCGUCCUUCUCAGCAUCAUUUCAGCGGCCGUUCUAGACUUCAUUUUAGGAUCUUUGGUUCACUCAAAACCAGAAUUCGGCUUCGUCGGCUACAACUUGCAGACAUUUCUAUCUAACGCUUAUCCAUCGUUUGGAGGUUCCGACCAGGGUGCGUCGUUUUUGGGGGUGUUGGGGGUGUUUUUUCCCGCGGCAACUGGGGUCUUUGCAGGGAUUAAUAUGAGUGGGGACCUCAAAAGUCCGACAAAGUCUAUCCCGGUUGGAACGUUUGCAGCCCUUGGUUCUAGCACACUGCUGUACAUGUUGUUCGUGUUAAUUCUCGGCUCCUCUUGCACUAAAUUCUCGUUACAGACAGAUUACCUGAUUGCUGAAAAGGUUUCAGGAACAGGAUUAAUAUUCCUGUGUGGAUUGUAUACUUCGAGUGUAUCCAGUGGAAUGGGAACGCUGUACGGAUCUCCAAGAAUCCUGGAGGGAAUUGUCGAAGAUAACGUCCUGCCAUGUCUUUCGUUCCUUGAUAAAUGGAAAAGCAACAACAAGCUACCCAACCUGCCGCUACUGCUAAUCACCUUUACGACAUUCAUCUUCAUUCUGAUUGGUCGGGUCAAUACCCUCGCACCAAUAGUAGCCGUUCCUUUCGUGAUGACGUAUGCAGCCGUCAACUGGGCUUACUUCUCACUGGCUAGCAGUUUUGAGAGGCGGGGCUUAAGCGAUUAUUCCCCAGUUAUUAAUGUCUACGACGAGAAAAAAUCUGAUGAAAACUCAGGAGAUCCUGCAACUAAAAGUGGUGGUUCGCAUAUAAAUUCCAUUAUAACUAGCCAGCCAAAGUCCUUAUAUUCAAUCUUCUGUUGCAGGUGGCUGUCUCUGUCGGGGUUCGUCAUGAGUAUAGUGGCCAUGUUCUGCAUACAGUGGCUCUUUUCAAUCGUUGUCAUCGUCAUCUUCAUGUGCACAUACACCUACAUUUUCCAUGCGAAUCCCGGGGCUUUUCCAGGUAUUUCAGAUUUCAGUUUAUCUAACAUGAUCUUAAACCUCAUCAAAUGCAUUUUCAGACGUCGUGGCCAGCCAAUGAACGACGAGACAUCCACCAUGGUCAUCACGACGAGCGCACCUCCACCCACGCCCCAGACUAUGACGUCAGAGAUCAAUGAGUCUAACGAAGAUUACAAUUAUAGAAAUAAUUACCACAAAACUGAGGAUGUUCGCAAGGAUCUGUUUUGAUGACGCGUAUGUCUGGCUGUCUCCUGUCUGUCUGUCUGGUUAUUUGUCCGUCGGGCUAUUUGUCCGGGGGGUUAUUCAAACUUGGAAGAAAAAAUAUCUAUUCAAUUCAUCGUUCAACACAAGUAGAAACAAAUUUGUUAACAUUUGAUACGAUCAUAAUAUACUAAUUACAUUUAUUGUUGUUGUAUAAUAUGUGAUAAUAUAUAUUCUAACAUAUAUAUAUAUAUAUAUAUAUAUAUAUAUAUAUAUAUAUUUGAAUUUAUUCAUAUUAUUUUGUACACACACUUAUCAAUAUUGUAACAUUUUUUAACUUCGCUUCAAGUACAAAAGUAUUACCUGAUAAAGACAAGUAUCAGUAUUACCGAAAGAAUGGAUGUUGUGUUGAUGUGUGUCCGUGUGCUAAUGUGCCUGUUUGUGAACCUCAUAAACUUCUCCAUUCCAAACUGUCCUUCGAUGCAACAACUACCAUCUUGAGCAAUCCUCAAGAUGUCUUCCAAAUGACUGUCUCACCAGAACAAAAAUUGAGUUCGUUUGAUCGACUCUCACAACACAGCCAUCUUUCAAUUGCAGUUUCCGAGAUAUCAUCCUUCAAAGUUGCCAAAUACUGGCUCAAUAUUCCCGCUUGGAUUUUCAUGUUUUCUUUUCAAAUUUAAACAAACUUUCCAAGUUGCUCAUCUCCUUUUGGGUGUACAUUGAUUGGGGGGCUAAUUAAAAGAGAAACUCUUAUUCAGUCAGUCUAUUCGGUUUGAUUCUCGGUUGUUGUUAUCACCAACUCGUCACUAUUAUCAUCACCAAUUUCAUCAUCACCAUUAUUUUUAUUAGUUCCCCAAUCAAUGUGGAUCUCGACACGGAUCAGCAACCAGGAAAACGGGUGGUAAGUUUGAAGUAACCCUGAAAAAUCAGUGGGAAAGUGAGUCAGUCCGUGGAAUAUCUCGGAAACUACUUGUCGGGAUGAAAAAUGGUUGAUUUUUGGCAAGUAAGCUCAAACAAAAAAGCAGGAAAUGACGAGAUGAACAUUUUGGUGGUUUCAGAGUUGGAAUCGGUUAAGGUUUACCCCUGCCAGAAAAUCGAAAAAUUCGUCCCCAACAAAAUUUUCGCGUGCAAAUUAUGAUUUAAAAUAAAAACCAAAAUCG